AUUUCUACUUUCCCCUGUCACGGAGACCCACGUCUGGCGAGGCAUGGAGUGACAUAUUUUUCACUUUGUGAGCAGAAGGUAGCAACUACUACUGGCUGUACAAGUACUCACCGAGACUUUUAGAUGUUGUGCUAUUUUUUUUUUUUUUUUUUUAAGUCUCCAUGCUGCACACGUCCUCAAGAUGUUCGUCCUAGCUCUGCGUGUUUCGAGCAGCCUGGUGAGCUGUACGGCGAUGUAUUAGCAGGUGUUGGCAAAGGUGACAAGGUCAGUCCUCCUUGGCCUGAGGUCGCAGAGCAAGAACCAAGCUCCCGUUGUUAGGUCGUGAUUACUGGAAGGUGAUGUUAUGUGCGGCCACGUAGGCUGAAGUAAGCAAGAACAUCGCAAAAGAAGACAAAAUCUCCAUUCCUUGGGAGUCACAAAAAAAUUAGAAAAAAUAAUCGCAGGUGUUUUUCGAUUGUAGGCGUGUCAGUAGGCUGUUAACAGAAGGAUGAAUAGCAGUUCUGUCUAUUCCUUUUUUUCUUGUCCGCUUUCAAUGAAUGAUUUCCCUCUUUAUGAUAUAGCUUCUAAUAAGCCUCUAUCUGUCUGUAUGUCGUUCUUUUUUAAGACAUUGUGGGAGAAACUGGAUUUCACUGUGAUGUGUCAAAACAUCGGCAGGAAAUCGCUCUUGAGAAGAACAACUGUAAAAAUGUAAGAAUCACGGAGACCAUUUACAAAACACGUUUUAUCCUUCAAAGCAAAAAAAAAAAAAAAAAAGGAAGAGAAAGAAGAAGAAAGGAAAAAAAGCAACAUUAACAUACCAAAGCAAGAGAGGCAAGAGAAACACCACACAACCCAUAAGAUUUUCUUCCUCUUUCUCGUGUAUUGUAGCACGGGCUGUAACCAAGAUCCUAACAGCUCUUCGAAACGUAUUUUCCCAACAAAUCGCCUCAUUGUUCGCAGAGAGGCAAACAGCGAAGGCAAAGCAGCUUGUCAUUGGCUGACUUCUCCGCCGACACAAGCUCUCAGCGCGCGGGAGGUGCUACCACGUGAUAUAAUCGACGCGGCUGUUAUCGACGAAUGGGCGGAGCUUAACGUCAGUUGCGGGUUUGGCGCGGUGCACGCAAGGCGUAAAGAAUACGCGCGAUAGGGUCCACGAGGCGAGAAACGGGUGAUGAAGGUGCCGACGUGCGCUUGCUUCCCGUCCUAUUGGUGAAACCAGCUCGCGAUAGUCUUCGUGCUCACUUGCAUUCAUUAUCGCUCUCUUCUCGGCUUCUGUCGCACGCCGGACGACAGGACUUUUCAGGCUACCAUCGCAGCUACGAGAUGGUGGAUUAGUUUUCGACCUGUCUAAAAAUGUCUGCACGGCACUCGCCAUCGUCAUAGUUCUGUCGACUGUCAGCCAACGCGCUGUGUAGAUGGACUCCCGCUGUCCUAACGCGCGCCUGACAACUGUGCCUGUGACCCGGGGUGCACUGCGAGAUUUAACCCUUCAGUAAAACACGUACGUCGUUUGCAGUGAAGAUCGUCUGCGACCUGGACUUCCACAGACUUCAGCAACACACGCAGUGAUUGCGCACAAACCGGAAAUGCCCAUGAGGCUGUUGACAGUUUUUAACCGUGUUUAUCUGUUUUCGGCUUCGUUUUGAUCGACGUGCUAAGCGUUGUGGCGAUCUACAGUCUCUCGUAGAGGCAUUUAUUCCUAUUUAUCAUACAAACAGUCCAGCCGAACAUACUCGAUGCUUUAGAUGUUCCUAAGCCGAGAUACUUGUGACUCGAGAUACUUGUGACUUGAUAAAAAUCUAAGCAGCCUUGCGAUGAGGUUUGACAUGGAACACAGUGUUUUUGAGCCCACGUCUGACUCUACCCUUCCCCCGACACAUCCACUGCACCGUCUUCACCAGCACCCUCACCAGCAACAGCACAUAGGCUAUGGCGGAAACUCCUUCCAUGGACUUCUAGACUUAAGAAAACCAGUAGGUGUGACAAUGUCCCCUUAUUCGUACCCGGCUCUGUCACUGUCUGCCAGCACCGCUGGAAGCAGACAGCAUGGCAGGGUGGAGGGACGGCAUGAACAUGCUGCCACCUUGACUAUAUGCGGAACAAGUUCGCAUCCAUCUUCACCUUCGUCGUCCGAUUCACGCAUGUCGCCAUCCGAGUACUACCGCCACGCACAGCAUCAGCAUCUCUUGCAACUUCAGCAACGGUCGCAGAAACAUCAGCAACAGCAACACCGCAGUCGUGGCAGCGUCGACGAAGGCAGUCCGAGUUUCAGACUUGCUUUCGAUGACAGCAACGACAACACAGAGCAAUGUGGUGACGAGGUAAAUGCUGAUGAAGGUUCUGGUAGAAGGCACAAUGCGGACAGUGGCGACGACAGCGACACGGACGACGACCAGCCACUGGAGGUGGACUCGCCGGCACCCUCCCCUCUAAACGUGUCCCCUCGUUCUCAACCUGAUCCUGCGACUGACCCUGUCGGAGAAAUGCAGUGCAAUGGCGAUGCCACCUCCGAGGCCUGCGACGAGGAAUUUGUACCCAGGGGAGAUAGUGAGCACAACGACGACGACAUUGACCUCCAGCAUCCUAAUGACGAUAAGUGCGAUGAGAGUUUAGACGGCUCAGCGUGCGAUUCCUCAGGAAAAGAUGACAGUCACGUACAUUCCGACAGAGACAGUGACGAGGGAAAAAUGUCGGACGCGCGCAGCUGUGACGGCAGCAAGGAGAAAAAGAAGUCAAAUUUGGUAAAGCCACCCUACUCCUACAUUGCCCUUAUCACCAUGUCCAUUCUGCAGUCCCCACGCAAACGACUGACCCUGUCGGGGAUAUGUGAGUUUAUCAUGAACCGCUUCCCGUAUUUUCGUGAGAAGUUCCCGGCAUGGCAGAACAGCAUCCGACACAACCUCUCACUCAACGACUGCUUUGUUAAGAUCCCACGAGAGCCUGGAAAUCCAGGCAAAGGCAACUACUGGACGCUGGACCCUGCAAGCGAGGACAUGUUUGACAAUGGCAGCUUCCUCAGAAGACGCAAGCGUUACAAACGCGCUACUUCCUCGGAUCUGAUGGUCCAGCCAACGGCUUUCAUGUCUGCCGCUGACCCCUAUUUCAAUCCGCAUCAUCCUUUCUACGCUGCCGCGGCGGCAGCUGCAGCCGCGCACCACCAUCACCCCCAUCACCCAGGAGCGUCAUUUGCAGGCGGCAAUCAUCAUCAUCACCAUCAUCAUCAUGCUGCAGCGGCGGCUGCGGCAGCAGCAGCGGCAGCGGGACUGACUAGCUACCCCUACAUGUCCCCUUUGACGCAUCAGCUGUCCUUGCUCCAUGGGGAAUAUGCCCGGGUGUCUGCUGCACCGCAUCUCCCACACCCACACCCACACCCUCACCACGCACAUGCCCAUGCUCACUCGGCUCUGAACAUGGCCAUUGCAGGUAUGGCCGGGGGCAUGACCCCUCAGAUGACCUUAUCAGCCGUUGCUGCCCCAGCAGUCGUUCCGGCAGGUCAGUACCUGAAGCUUGAGAGUAAGCUGGAGCAGCUGAAGGAGCAGGCUUCACCGACGCCGCCUUCCUCCCCGCAGGCAGCGAAGAUGCACUUUGCAGUUUCCGUUGCCUUGACGACGCCACAGACCUCGUCUUCAGGAGGGCUGCUUUCUUCGAGCUCUUCGUCUACACCCUCGUUAACAGCAUCGUCUUCGUCAGCCACCACAACCACGACCCCUUCAAAGCCAGGAUUCACCAUUGACAAUAUAAUAGGACUGUCAUCGUCGUCCCCCUCAGCAUCAACGUCUUCGCCGUCGUCGGUAAUCACAUCGACGACGCGUGCUGACAGUUUGAACAAGGUAAGAGGUACUUCGCCCUCCUCAGUGACUGCCAUUGUAUCGGCAUCUACCUACCGACCAGCAGGGUUAGCGGGUAUUCACUCACUGCCCGCCACCCUUGCUGCUCUGCGACACGGAGGGGCGGGGGUUCCCGUGGGGAGCAGUGCUUUUGCCUCUCCCUUGACUUUAUCCGCGGGGCUCUCGGGUAUGUCACCCUUGGAGCUGGAAAAGUAUCGUCAGUAUAUACAAGCGUGCGCCCUUCCUGCAUGGCAUCGAUAGACAAUGGAGGAAAUAGACAGACAGGUAAACUGUGCAUUAGGUAGUUCACUGGGUAGGUCAUGAGAGUAAAUAUAAGGCCAUCAGCAGACGAUUGAAUUGUUGUGAUUGUCCCAUUGAUAUUGUCAGAUUAUUAAGCCUGUGGUGUUCAUCGUUCUUUAUAUUGGCCACGAGAAGCUGAAACAAAAACUGGAUUCGAAAAACUGCGCUACUCUUCCUUUCGUGAAAAAAACCCACUCUAAUGGCUGGAACUGUUGCAUAGUAAAACUAUAUUGUUUUGUCUUCGUUCAAUUUUUUUUUUCCAUUCCUUGCUAAUUCCAUGUCCACAGUAAUAUGCGUUUCUAUAUGUGUUGUGGAAAUGAAAAACUUGACUUGUAACGGAAAAUUAAGAAUUAAAAUGUAUGACUCAUAAUACCAGACUUUUUAUCUGGAGCCUUGACAUCGCUGCUUCUUUGUUGUCACUGACGACUUUCUGACGAUUUUGGAUUCUAAUAGUGAUAUCCCUCUGCCUAAUAUUUUUCUUCUGCAUUCUAAACGAUCUUACUAUCGCGUUUGAAAACACCCAGCAUGCCAGCCUCAUUAAAAUAACUCUUCGCCUCAUGCCGCAUUAAAAAAAUUCUGUUCAGCGUUUAUAAGCGUGAACGUGCGAUUCAGUAAAUUUUAAUUGUUAAAUGUCCUACACAAAACAAAUAAAAGGUUAUUUAAUUAUUUACUUUCUAUUACCUUCUUUGUAGAGAAAUUAUAAUGAUUUGUCUUCGAAGCAGUUUUCAUUUUUUUUUUUAAAAGUUGCAAUCAUUUAAUCGAGCAAAUAUCGAAAUUUUAAAAUGUAUUUUGUCGCACUCUUAAAUCUAUAUAAACAAAUUUACUUUGAUUUAAAUUAAGAGUUUAAAAUUAUCUGUUUAUUUACAAUAAAGGCUGAUAUUAAUUGCAAAUAUUAGUACUGAGAUCAAAUUCAUUAUUAUUUUUUAAUGUGUAUUCUAAACCACAUUUAAACUAAAAAAAGAAUAAAGCGAGAUAAAAAUUAAAGUCUUAAUUUUUUUCUGAAUUUAGCUACACGAACUUGUAUUUAUAAAUUCACGCCUAGUGUAGUAAAUUACUGUGUUCGCAGUAAAGUGUUUGUAAUAGCUGUGAAAAAUCUUAAUUUAUUUAACUUUAUUCAUUUAUUUCGUAAAUGCUCAUAUUUAUUGCACUGUAUGGAGGAUUGACAGAGCGUUUACUGAUGGGGCGGUGGGGUUGACACAGGAAAGGUCUUGAUGACAGUUAAGACAGUGGAUUAUAAGAAGUGAUAUCUGUUUUCAAUAUCAAACCUUUUCUUUUAAAUUUUCUAAAACAAGCACUACUGUGGCGAGAUACUGUUUUGCCUAAGGUUAUUUUCCUCAGCGUCAAGUUAUGUGAGUGGGUUCUUUUCGGUUGAAAUAAAAUGAAAUAGAAUAGAGCGACUGGAAGACAAUGGCUGAGUGAUGGCAUGAAUGAAUAAAAAUGUUAACAUCGUGUCACUUUUCUAAAAAGUUUUUUUUACAGUACUUCGUGGUAUCUCCGGCAUAUAAACAAUCUCACUUUAUUUUUCUGUUAGUCUGCAGUUUAAAAACGGUAUAAUAGAAAAUAUGCAGCAGUCUGUACCCCUUUCUGUGAUGGACAGCUCUCUUUUGUGACCCCGACUUGCACUUGGCUAAUACAGUGACUUGUAACAUCGAACCCACUAAUAAACAUUGAGUACAGAAUCGUGUGCAAAAGCAGAAGAUAAAGUGCGAUUAAACUCGCUUUCUUUCUUUCAUCAUUUAUCCCUCCCCCGAACCCCGCCUCAGCUUUUCUUCACUGUCCUGUCUCUUUCUCAGAAUCAGAUGAAUACAUACAAUUGUUACAUGCAGUGGUUAGUUCAGUGGUUGUAAGCUACUAGUAAACUAUAGAUUAUGAUUAGAAUGAUUGUCAUGUAAUCGCCGCAGCUGGGCUUUCAAAUAAAUGUGCUUUGGCAAACAGCUCAUUAUCAGUGUACGGCGGACACUCGUAUAGAAUAUUUCCCACAAUGAGAUUAGCUGUGUGCAGUUUGAGACAGGUUUGUUUACAGCUUUACGGAUAAUAUUCUUAGUUUCAUAUAUAUAUACUCAAAUAUGCACUCAUCCAAAGGGAAACCAACGUUUAUGUUCUAAAUAUACUUUAGUAAGCAAUCAAAAGAAACAGGCAAACAUCAUCAAUAUUAGUAAUUUGAUUGAGAAAACUGGAAAAUUCUAAAGAAAAAAAAACUGAAAACAUUUUUUUCUUUGCGUACUGCUCGGAGGAUGUUCCAUUUCUGAAAGCUCAUCAUGUCAUCCUGAAAUGUUUUGCUAGGUUUUUCCUUCUAAUCUGCUUGACAGUAUCUUAGAUUUAUUCCUCGAGUAUAUUAAGCAGUUUUUAAUUAUCUAAUAUUAGAAUAAUCAGUUACAGAUGCAAUAUAACAGUUGACACGAUAGCCUUCUUUGUGAGUACGGUGGCGAUAUAAAUGAUAUGUUCUGAUAUAACAUAUUAUUAUUCUGUCAUUUUAAUUGUGUCAUUUCAUAUUGUUAGAAUUAAGCUUUUCUGUAGGCGGCCAGGAUACAUAAUACAGAUUAAUGACCAUUCCUUUUCAGUAAUUUCAUUAGUUUACCAUACUACAUUCACGGAUUUUUUUAAAAAACAAAAACAAAAAGCCCUCUCAACAUGCUGGCGCAGAACUGGUUAAUCCAUUCACUGGGUGAUCGGCAAACAUCUGUUGGGUGGGCGGUGGGAGAGGGGAGGAGACGGCAGGGACUAGUAUCAGCGAUCCCCUGCUGAAGGGUUGGCUGCGGUCUUCUAGUGAAAUCAGCUAAACGAUGUUGCUGGUGUUAGGUUUGCGGAGAAAACUGAGUCAGCGUCGUUUGUAGCAACCGAUCUAGUUUCUUUCUUUGUCAAAGACGGCAGCGGCAGUGCCGCGAGUCGGCGAAUAAUAAAUCAGAGCGGAAAACGGUUCCCCGCAGCUCUCGCUGCCUUUCGGACACGCGUCAAGUACCACUGCCGUGUGCAGCAGACGGUGCUCGCUGUACGUUAUCGCCUAUGGUUGCAUGGCAUGAUUCGGGACAAGUAAUUACCAGACGCGCUAGUCCGUACUUGAGCGAGCGCUGUUAUGUGCGUGCAUGUGUGUAUAAAUGUAUACAGAUAUAAAUGAGAAUAUGGGGAGGGGAAGUGAUGGUGGGUCCAUCAUCAUCUACCGUUAUGUCUACGCACCGAAAUAAGAGGAACAUUCAGCUGAACCAGAUGGUACAUAUACUAUUUGUUUGAAGGUAGCCAAAAAUCUGUAUUCAAGUUUUCAAGCCGAAUGUUCGCGCGCGCGCGUGUGUGUCCUGUGGAACGAUGAACGGUUUGGGGGAAGGGGUAAGAAAACUCUUAUGCUGAUAGUGAACAACAUUCAUAUUCUUGCCUCCUCAUUGUCUGUUUUGAGGGGGUGCUGUCCCCACCCACCCCCACCUUACCUCCUGUUUCCUACGCCACUCUCUCUCUCUCUGUUUUUUUAAAAAAUCUUCCAUCAGGAAAAUGAUUUCAAUGAACUUCGCGAUAGGUUAACAUGCAAUGAAUGUGUGAAGCGUGUGCUGGGUUAGCUCUUCUGGUAUUCAGCGAUGAACAUAUAAUCGUGCAUACGGCGUUCACAAUAUGCAAAAUGAUAAUGGGAAACAUCAACAUUUUGGUUCGAUUUAUUUGCGUGAAUCUCAUUUGUCCCCGUUUGUCGCAAUGUCCCACAGAGCUAUUUUAUAACGAGUGAAAACACCUUCUUUAAAAAUAAUAUUUCUAUGCCACAUUCAAUUACUGGCAAAAAAAUUUCACACAUUUCGUUUAUCAGUCUAAUUUCAGUCCUUCAUGUUUCCGGGCUUUUGAUCACGUGCCAGUAAUUGUGUACAGCUUGUUUUACAAAAAAGCUCUUAACCUAUGACAACCAAAUGUUUGAAUCAGAUACGCAAGAUGGUCCACAAAACGGUAAUAGCAGUCACUCUCUCGAUAUAUAUAUCAGUGUCAUAUUUGUAUUGUUAUGUUUAGCAGUCUGAUGUCUACUCUCUUAGAUAAGUUUCAGUGCAUUACAAACCAUCGGGUCACGAGAUUUUUGUUUUGUACUGUUUUGUGGCUUUGCGAUGUGUCAUAUUGUGAUGAUUCAAACACGUUUCCCAGCAAUCUUGUCCAUUCCGGUACUAAUUUAAACAGAGGGGAAAAGCAGUCAUACGCAUCGGUAGUUUAAGAUUUUUUUUUUUUAAUCGUUCACAGCAGUGAAAGGCAACGGCGUAGACCUUAGGUAUUGCCCGGGUGUUUUCAUGCGUAUCACUUUCUUGUGCUGAUCCAUCUGAAGAUACUUUUGACAAUGCAAUGUUGGUGAUGAUGUAGCUCACCAGACUCAAUUGUUUUGUUCCAUGACCAUUUCCAAGGCUCUUCACCGGCCCUGUAGAUAGCUUGAAAUGUUCUAUACACUUCUUUAAUAACCUCUUCUCGGGUAUCUAUAGCAUAUAAUUUGUUGGAAGAUGUUACAAUGUGAUUACAUUGUGACACAGCCACGUUCACCUUCAGGAGAUUGAUGUCCCUUGCAUAACCCUAACUUCUACAAUCAUUUGACUGUUCCAUAGCUGAAACCCAGAACCUCGUUGUAAAUGUUUUAUAUUUCUCAAGCAUGCCAAAGAUUCCAGUCAUGUUUCUAGCUCAUGUGCAUUUAAAGCAGGUGAACUUGAUGCCAAUGAAGUAUUAUAUGAAGAGACAAAAAAACUGUUUUGUGUGACAUCUUCGGGUCUGUAGACUACCUUAUGUUCUGACAGUGUUCUUGUAUAUUCUGUGUUGUCUCCAGCAGUAUUCGUUAGUAGUUCAGUAGAGUAAUAACUAGCUUUAUAAGUCAGAAAAAAAUCAUCUUAUACAAAGUUCACGACACUUUCAGAGAUGUACUUUGUCGUUUGAGAUAAUCCAUCCCACCAAAUAAGGGUAGAUUAACUUAUUUCAAGGCCACGAUUUAAUUAUUUGGAUAAUGUCUAUAAGUCAACAAAGUAGUCAAUCUAGAAAAAGACUUCUGUUAUUGUAUUCCUGUGAUUUAUAUAUUUUAUUUUGAAGUUAUUCCCCAUUCAUUUGUUCUGGGAAACAAUA